AACCUUUUUUUUAGAAAUGUACUCAGACCUGACCCCACAUCUUUACUGGAUAUAACGUUAUAUUUAUUUAUUUCAUAAAAUCUAUAUUUUCUUUUACUACUAAUUACAUAAUGCACAACGAAUAGAGACACUACCAAACACUACAUAUUUUUAAAGCUUAUGUCUGUCAUCAGGUAUUGUAAUUAAAUAAACAUUUACAAAGCAAGCUGCCAUACGAUAUAAUGCGUCCGUGAGAAAGAAUAUGAAGUAGCACUGUGACAAUUUUUUAUGAGUUGUGUCAAACCUCAACCACAACACUUAUUUAAACAAGCACACAUAAUAUUAUAAGCUCAAUGGAACGUGUGUUCACGCACGCGCGCACAAACACUUUAAUAAAAUACAUAUCUAAUAUAUUAAAGGUUUAGGUAUACCUAAAAAAAAUCCAGUUGGUAUUAAAAAAAUCUAUAUUAAAUAUUCAUGUUCUUUACAUUACGUUGGAUGAAUUUAGAAAAUAAUGUAGAAAACAAUAAAUCACAAAAAAUACUGUUACUGGAUGACAGAUAGCUAGAUGUAAGUACUUUAAUGUGGAUGUUUUGAUGCACAACCUGUAAUUUAGAGAAGUGUUUGUCGAAAUGAUGUGGUUAAAUGUCACAGGCCCUUUGACGCUGCAUCUUUCUCACCACAAACCAACUCAGUGCUUCUGCGCUUGCUUUGGCUUGUGUUAUGAUUCACACCAUCGUCUUCCUUAUUAAAACGGACAUAUGAACGACAUGAACUAAACAAACAUGAGCAGCAUCACGCACUAAGGAUAUUAAUGACUAAAAUAAUUGUGCUUGCGUGGGUUAAAACGCCUAAUCAAUUGAGAUUAUUUGAAGAAAAAAAUCCGCGUGGUUCAGACAUCGACGCCAAAACUUGAAAGGGUUAUUAGUUUGUCAACACUUUUAUCAUCGGCAAUGGACACUUCUGAAGGCUCUGUAAACCGUAUUGGUCGCACUAUUUGGACAGUUUGGGGUUAUCUGUCAGGGGCUGUUGCAAGAUAUCUUAGCCCAGAUGUCACUGUUAAUGGAAACCAAAGUGUUAAUUCUAGAGCAGAUACUCUCUACAGGAAUACAGCAAAAAAUACUGACAGGCCAGUAAAGGAGAUUGAUGCUGAGAAACAUAAGGAAGAAACAAAAUAUAAUUCAGCAGAGGCCAGAUUUUAUGUUGCCACAGUUGAAUGGGAAAAAACUGAUGUGGUCCAGGAGGACAAUUAUGAACUCUGUGUUGAUACCAAAAUUACACAAAGUUACCAUUGCAAAAACGAUCACAAGCAAACAGAUGAAGCGAUAGCUUUAGAUGUUCUGGUGAAUUAUGAAAAACAAACAAAAGAUGAAGCACAUAUUGAAAAAGAAGUGGCCGCAUCCAUCGAGCAUAGGGCAAACAUUGAGUUAGAUGGUUGUGAAUCUAAGCAAGAGCUAAAAGAUACUGAGGACACCGAACAAAAAGAUGGAAAAGAAGAUUUUGAUCAUUAUAAUGAAGAUGAUGGUGAAGAGGGUGUAAUGAGGACAGCAGUUUUAGAAGACACAGAAGUAACCGAUCAAUCUGUCCAAGAUGUAGAUCAGAAAACGCUGAUAAAUAAGAUUGAGUAUGAAGAGACAGAAAACAUCAGGGUCGCAGAAGAUGCCAGAGACCUUCUCGGGGAGAACGUAGUUGAAUUUGUAGUUGAUAAAGAAGAGCAAAUCAUUUAUACGGAUCAGGAGAAAACUGAGAGUGUUGAGGGCAAAGAAACUGAGUCACUAGUGAAACAUGAAGGGCUGCCUUCAACUCUGGGGAGUUCAACACAGGGUGAGGAAGACCUUUUGAAGCCUCUUGAGAAUAAAAGGCUCAGUUUAUUGGACGAAUACCCCCAAAACAUUUUAGAAAAUGAGGUGAUACAGACACCGGAAAGACAAGUAAUAGAUGACAUUUCUAAAAAUGUGGUUGAGAUACCUGGAACUAGUGCUACAAGUGAGCCGGAUGAAAACAUUGAAGAAGAUGAACAACAAAAGUGUCUGGACAUUGGUGAAUUACCAACUACAGAAAUUUUUGAUGAGAAGGAAGCCCAUGAGCAGAUGCUGGGAGAAAUCCAAACACAAUCUCUAUUAGAGUUGGUAGAAACACCGUCAGGGGGUUCAAAAGAAAUAUGUGAUGAUAGCAUUGCACACAAUGACAUAGGGCUGAAAACAUCUACAUCGGUAAAUGAAGUAGUAGAUGAAAUUUGUGAUGCAUCAGAGGACACUCUGCAGUCGGAUUUAAUAAAACAGGAUUCUCCUAAAACAGGAAAUCAUUCAGAACUUACUGUCUGUGAGCUCCCACAAGAACCAAGUAACAGACCAGCAAUCGGAUUAGAAAAUUCAGGGGAUUUGGACCAAAUUACUGCAGUCGCAACAUCUUUGGGAUCUUUUGAGGAGAUGAAGGCCAACAUAAGCGAGCUGCACAUUCCAGCAGUAGAUCGGUCAAAAAGCUCUGUUAUGACCCAAUAUGAACCCUUAAAUGACACGUCUGUGAAAGCAGCUGAGUUCGAAACUCCAAUGUUAUCCUUAGAAAUUGGUGCAAAACAAAUUCAGACACUUCAGGAAAUGGCCAAGUGUUCUCUUAUUGAAUGUGUUGAAUUAAGAAGUGAGCAGAUUGGUGAAUCUAUGAAACCCGAGACCGAUUCAGAAGAUAAAGGAGAAGUCUUGAUGACAGGCAGUGAAGCAGACAAUGAGAUUCUUGAGCUGAACAUAGAAAAAGAAGGCAUACUGUCUCAAGCAACAAUGGAACCUAUCAGUGAAUCACUAAAUAAAGAUAAUUGUGAAUCUUCAGAGCGUGACGUCAAUCGAACAGAACUUGCAGAGGAUUCACCAGAUCCUGCAGAAGCAAAAAAUGAAUUAUUGAAGUCAGAGGUUCUGGAUGAAACCCAAUAUUUGCAGGGUAAAUCAGAGAGAUACACUGAGAACAUCAAGUCAGAGGUCAGACUGUUAAGUGAAACAGACACCACAAUUACACAAAGUUACCAUUGCAAAAUCGAUGACAAGCAAACAGAUGAAGCAAUAGCUUUAGAUGUUCAGUUGAAUUAUGAAAAUGAAGAAAAACAAACAAAAGAUGAAGCACAUAUUGAAAAAGAAGUGGCUACAUUUACCGAGCAUAGGGCAAAUAUUGAGUUUGAUGGUUGUGAACCUGAACAAGAGCUAAACGAAACUGAGGACACCGAACAAAAAGAUGGAAAAGAAGAUUUUGAUCAUUAUAAUGAAGACGAUGGUGAAGAGGGUGUAAUGAGGACAGAAGCUUUAAAAGACACAGAAGUAACCAACCAAUCUGUCCAAGAUGUAGAGCAGAAAACGCUGAUGAAUAAGAUGGAGAAUGAAGAGACAGAAAACAUCAGGAUUACAGAAGAUCCCAGAGACCUUUUCGGGGAGAAUGUAGUUAAAUAUGUAUUUGAUAAAGAAGAGCAAAUCAUUUAUAAGGAUCAGGAGAAAACUAAGAGUGUUGAGGACAAAGAAACUGAGUCACUAGUGAAAGAUGAAGGACAGCCUUCAAGUCUGGGGAGUUCAACACAGGAUGAGGAAGACCUUUUGAAGUUUCUUGAGGAUAAAAGGCUCAGUUUAUUGGACGAAUACCCAAAUAUUUUAGAAAAUGAGGGGAUACAGACAUCAGAAAGACAAGUAAUAGAUGACAUUUCUAAAAAUGUGGUUGAGAUACCUGGAACUAGUGCUACAAGUGAGCCAGAUGAAAACAUUGAAGAAGAUGAACAACAAAAGUGUCUGGACGCUGGUGAAUUGCCAACUACAGAACAUUUUGGUGAGACGGAAGACCAUGAGCAGAUGCUGGGAGAAAUUCAAACACAAUCUCUAUUAGAGUUGAUAGAAACACCAUCAGGGGGUUCAAAAGAAAUAUGUGAUGAUAGCAUUGCACACAAUGACAUAGGGCUAAGAACAUCUACAUCAGUAAAUGAAGUAGUAGUUGAAAUUUGUGAUGCAUCAGAGGACACCCAGCAGUCAGAUUUUUUAAAACAGGAUUCUCCUGAAACAAAAAAUCAUUCAGACCUUACUGUCUGUGACCUCCCUCAAGAACCAAGUAAAAGACCAGCGAUCGGAUUAGUAAAUUCAGUGGAUUUGAACCAAAUUACUGCAGUCGCAACAUCUUUGGGAUCUUUUGAAGAGAUGAAGGCCAACAUAAGCGAGCUGCACAUUCCAGCAGAAGAUCGGUCACAAAGCUCUGUUAUGACCCAAUAUGAACCCUUAAAUGACACGUUUGUGAAAGCAGCUGAGUUCGAAACUCCAAUGUUAUCCUUAGAAAUUGGUGCAAAACAAAUUCAGACACUUCAGGAAAUGGCCAAGUGUUCUCUCAAGGAAUGUGUUGAACUAACAAGUGAGCAGAUUGGUGAAACCAUGAAAACAGAGACCGAUUCAGAAGAUAAAGGAGAAGUCUUGAUGACAGGCAGUGAAGCAAACAAUGAGAUUCUUGAGCUGAACAUAGAAAAAGAAGGCAUACUGUCUCAAGCAACAAUGGAAACUAUCAGUGAAUCACUAAAUCAAGAUAAAUGUGAAUCUUCAGAGCGUGACGUCAAUCGAACAGAACUUGCGGAGGAUUUACCAGAGCCUGCAGAAGCAAAAACUGAAUUAUUGAAGUCAGAGGUUCUGGAGGAAACCCAAUAUUCGCAGGGUAAAUCAGAGAGAUACACUGAGAACAUCAAGACAGAGGUCGGACUGUUAAGUGAAACAGAUUCAUUAGAUACCACAGUAGAGGACGUAGAAAAAAUAAUAAAUCAAGUCAUGAAAGAACUGAUAGACACAGAAAAUAAAUGCAUACAAGAAACACCUUGUGACGCAGAAAUUCAAAAGCCAGCAGAAUGUUUGCCACCAGAUGCCUUAUUGUUGGGUGGAGAAAAGGAAAUGUUAGGAGAUGCAGAUCAGAGUUUGGUACAAAUGAAGGUGGAAAUGGUGAUUUAUGAAGCCGCCGAGAAGCAAAAGGAUGAGCAUGAUGUUUUCUGUCCAGUAUGUGAACCAGCUGAUGCAGGUUGUGAGCAGAAAGAAAGGGAUACAGUUGGAGAAACACUAUUCUCUUGUCAUGAUGAAAAAAUUGAAACUGAUCAACCGUGGCUGAAAACAUUUGAUAACACGAGCAAAGAUUUUCCAGAAGAAGAAGAAUCCCUGGUAGACGGGUCAGCAACUGUUGAUUUAGAUAUACAGCAAACAUCUUUGGACUUUAGUGUUCAGAAGUCUAGAAUUGCUCUGAAGAAUCCCCUAAUUCGACCACCAAAAGACCCCAGAAAGCUCAUAAACAAGACCUCAACAGAACCAUCUCUUCAAAAGCCUCCACCAUUUGGCCUGUUAAAGGCAGGUAAUGGUGUUGGCGUUUCCAUACAAAGUAAAGGGGUCGUUGGAUUUAAACUCCCAGUGAUUGGUGAGCUGCCCACGCUGAGAAAAACAGAGUUUGGCCAGAAAGUAAGAGAAGAGGAAAGGGCAGAGAGCAGACUACAGGUGGAGUCAAAAUCAGUUGCACAAACAGAGAAUUCUGUCAAACAAGAGCAAGCUUCACUUAAACCCAAAUGGACACCCCCAAAGCAUCCUGGUAUGGGCAGUCCCUUGAUGAUGGCAGAACUCAAAAGCAAACUCAAAGCACCUGUAAAUAAGUAAUACGUGUCACCAUGUAAUUAUAUUUGGAUGUAGAGAUGCACUUUUCAUCUGUUUAAUAUUUGUUAUUUUUUCUUACUAAGGCACUUUGUGUACUUACUGUUUUAUAUUUUGGGAAGUUGUGCUAUUGCAGAAGUCUUAAGCCUGAGCUUAGUUACACCACUUGGGUUACACAACAUUGUAUUCAACUUCUUCAAUUUCAUUAGAAUCUUUUUUGUUCUCUCAGUAAAGGAGUGUGAAGUUGUGACUUUCUAUUUCAUGUGUGGGUAAUCGUUAUACAAUGCAUUUGUUAAAUCGAAAAGAAGUAAUAAAAUAUGAAGUAUGACGAUGUACAUAAUUAUAUAUCUAUAUCAAUAAAGAAUUUAUCAUUUUUCA